CUCUCGCCCUUCGCUACCGCAAGCAGGGUUUGGUCGUGCCGUGCAGCAUUAGCCUAAAAGGCACCACAGCCUGCUGCGGAAGGCGCCAAUUUCGCUCAGGCCGCUUGAGCAGAGAGAGAGAGAGAAGCGGCGGGCAGGACCGUCUGUUCUGUGUCGCCGCUGCUUCUAUUGGGGAGAGAUGGAAAACAAGGGAAGGUCUCCUCAGGCAGAAGCGGCUUCUCCGCCGUCCCGCUGGUGGCUGCUCCCCGGCGAGGCUGGCCCCAGAGGCCGCACCCAGAGUGACAUCUCCGCUUUCUCUUCGCUUCGAAACAGCCAUCUGCAGCGAGCCACCCUCUCCGGUUCAGUUGAUGGGAUAGACAAGGCAUCAAUUGCAAACUCAGAUGGGCCAACCCCAGGAUCCCGAACUCCUCCUUUCAAGAGGAAAGGCAAACUUUCUACUAUUGGCAAAAUCUUCAAACCAUGGAAAUGGCGGAAAAAGAAGACCAGUGAAAAAUUUAGAGAAACAUCAGCAGUGCUGGAAAGAAAGAUAUCAACAAGGCAGAGCAGAGAGGAGCUGAUAAGAAGGGGUGUCCUGAAGGAAAUAACUGAACAAGAUGGAGGUGUAAUGGUAAAUUAUGAAACUUCAAAUGGCCACACGAUAGUAAUCACUGAAGAAGCCCUACAGGAAGAAAAUGUCAUAAGGACCCCAGAAGAUAAUAGCUCCGCAUCUGCAAAAGAGCAAGUUCCAGAUGAGAGAAAAGAUGGUAAAAAAGAGAAACCUCUUCCUAAAGGUUCCGAAACAGCGGCGCCCCAUGUGCCUCCUCCUCCUCCACCACCACCACCUCCUCCUAAAUCUAAGCCUAAAGCUAAAAAAGCAACCAUACCUCCAAAAAAUGCUACUGCUGCUACUACUAGCCAUAAGCCUAAUGAAGUGCCACAUGCUAAAAAAAAAGGCAAGGUUCCUGCUAAGCAGGCCUCUGCCCCGCCUCCCAAGCCAACAAGCCGCAGUGUGAAUCGAGAAGCUGCUAGUUCCUCACAUGGAAAAAAAGUGCAUAUUUCCAAGGCAUCAUCUUCAUCUCCUUCAUCCACAUCAUCUCGCCCUCUAAAAACCUCUAAAGAGGCUACGUCAAGCAAGACAGGCACAGGGACACCCAGAGACAAGAAGAAGCAUGGAAAACAGGUGACCAUGCGAACACCUGCAAACGGGGAUGUUUCUUCUGCCUCAAACACAGCAGUAGACAACUCAGAAACAAAGGUGGGAAACUCUAAACCAGAAGAGCCUCUCCGCAUUGUUUCUGAAGCUGGAGACACAACCCAGCCUAGCACAGCUACUGUUCCUCCACCUCCUCCUGCUGUUCCACCACCGCCACCUCCUCCAUUUAUCCCAAUUCUGUCUCCAGGUUCUCAGCCUUCUUGUCUCUCAGACAUACAAGAUGUGCCAGUUAGCACUGAAAUAGCUCCGUCUGUCCCUGGCACAGAUUCUAAUGAUCUUCAUAUGAAAACUGAAGCAGAUAUUGAAAGCUCUUCAGGCAGUGCUAUCUUAGACAACAGCCUAGAUAUUGGGGGAGAAGACACAGAAUGUUCUGUUACCAAAGAAGAUCAGGAAAAAGAGAGCCCUGACCAAUCAAGUCCUGCCCCAACAGAUGAACCUUCUGAAGCCCUAAACACUCCAGAAAGUGAAAGCUUUAAAGAGAAUCACACCAGUGACUCUGAUUCAGAUGGGCCUAUCCUCUACACAGAUGAUGACGAAGAUGAUGAAGAUGAUGACAACGAUGGGAAUAGUGAAAGCUCUUUAGCAAGUAAAAUACGUCGUAGGGAUACCCUUGCAAUCAAACUUGGCAACAGGCCAUCGAAAAAAGAACUGGAAGACAAAAACAUCUUGCAGAGAACAUCUGAAGAGGAGAGGCAGGAAAUCAGAAAUCAGAUCGGCACAAAGCUAGUGAGGAGGCUUAGCCAGAGGCCUACCUCAGAAGAGCUAGAACAAAGAAACAUCCUAAAGCAAAAGAAUGAAGAAGAGGAACAAGAAGCGAAAAGAGAACUGAAGCGCAGUCUCAGCAGAAAGCUCAGUCUGAGACCAACAGUGGCUGAACUACAGGCAAGAAGAAUCCUGUGUUUUAAUGAGUAUGUGGAAGUAACAGAUUCUCCAGAUUAUGAUCGUCGUGCUGACAAGCCCUGGGCAAGGUUAACACCUGCAGACAAGGCAGCAAUAAGGAAAGAAUUAAAUGAAUUUAAAAGCACAGAAAUGGAAGUACAUGAAGACAGUCGUCAGUUUACAAGGUUUCACCGUCCAUAAUUGUUUGAAAAUAUCCUGUAGUCCAGACAAACACUUUCUUCCUGGGUAAAGCGCAACAUCUCAAUAGAACAUUGCAACUGAAAUGUCUGCAGCAGCUUAACCUGAAGUCAUUAACAGUGUGGCCCUCACAUUUAACGAAAGUGAUGACUAAGAGAGAUCCUGGGAGAAAUGUGGGUCUGGAAAUGGUAUCGAGACCAUCUUAUUCAGAGUAAAAUAUACUUUUUUCUCACUAGCAUUUGGCCAGACAAGACAAACUGAAGAUAAUUGUUGCCAGAAAGUAGUAAGAAUCCACUCUCAUGUAGGGUAGGAACAGAGAGAGCAGGAUCCCUGUCAACAGCCAAUAGAAGAAUGCUAGGGCAAAAUUAUUAGCACUCGUCAUGGAAGUCAUCUAAUACUAUACUGGGAUAUUGGAUAACAUCUUAAAAGUACAGAUCUAGGAAUGUGAACGAUUCUGUGUGUGCUGUCAGAAUCCUCAGCUUUUUGGAGCAAAGUGCAGAGAUAUCAAGCCCUGUUUUCAUGAACAGUGUAGUGCCAGUGAAUUUGCCAGUAAUUAGUCCUAGCACAAUUCAUAGGGAUUUUUACAAAUUAUGACUGUCGCACUAUUAAAAGGUGCAUUGAGGCUACAAUUUUGAGCAGUGCUGGACUUGCAAGUUGUAGAGAUGUCAUUAGAACGUUUGAGCAUACAACUAUGUGCAAGACUGCAGCACAGGUGUAUGUUUUAUGUGUUUUUUUAAGGAAAAUCAUGGGUCCUCCAUAUUCAUGUACCAAUUUGAGAAAUAUGUUUAGGAAAGACAUACAAGUGCAAUGAAAAGAUGCAGACUGAAAUGCUUUUUUAAAAAAGUGAUGUUUAAGACAUGAAGUGAUGACAUCUAACCUUGCUUAGGCAGGUAGUAUUGACAAUCACAUUCGGAAGCCAAAUACAGAAAUGAAAGUAAACAAAAAAGCAGUUUAUUGAGUGGUUUUGGACUGUGACUAGAAAUAUGUCUUUUUUUGUGUAGCUUGAGCUACAUUUAAUGGAUCCUGGGUUCAGAGUACACAAUAUAAAAUCUAAAAGCUGUAUAUCACCUACCAAGACUUGCCCUCUGACCUUCACACCCCUGUGCUACUGACAUGUGCCAGCACCCCAGCGGCUGGCCAUUCCAGGACAGAUGGGUGAGGCAGAGCAAGAGAAGUUUCUCCACAGAAAGAUCAUUGGCUGGCCACAUAAAAUAUAUGGGCAUUACAUUGCCUACAUGUUUGGGACUAUGUGCAGAGAAUACUAUAAUAGGAAUAUUGCUUCCCUAUUUGACCACUUUGUCUGCAAAUGGGGGGGGAUCCCAUACUACAUAACAGAGCCUUGUUUCUUUCCUCCUAGCAAGUAUGCACAGGCAUCACAUCAGGACAGUCUGGGGAAUGAGACUGCCUGUGCACAUUUCCUAUAGCUUUGUCCAGCCUAUUUGCUCCACUUCAUCAAGUGGAGGGGAAAGGAUUAGACCGUGAUACAGACAGUGAAUACAGAUCUGAGGUCCAGCUUUUGGGCUUCCCAUGUGCAUCUGGUUGGCUGCUGUGAGAACAGGAUCCUGGACUAGAUGGGCCAUUAGCCUGAUCCAGCAGGUUUUUCUUACAUUCUUAUCUCCUGUUCCCUGAAAGAGUCUGGUGCACUGUGUGCCCGUGUACCAAAAAGGGGAAACCAGAGCUCUGUUAUGCCCUUCAGGGAUCCCUCAGCAUGUUGGGCUCUGUGCUUACAAAAUCCUCAUAAAAGGCCUUGUGAAACCUGUGAAAAGGCCUGGAGCCCUACAACCUGUAUUUGUUGUGUGUUAAUAAUGCAAUGCAAAUUGUCUACUUUUAUACUAUCUUGUAAUUGUAUUUGUGAAUACAUGUUUAGUUAAGAAUAUGGUGGUGAGAGAAGCAACAGUGUGUUAUUACGUUGGCCCUAAUUAUGUUGGCUUAUUAUAAGCCUAUGACAUUGUUUACACUAAAAAUUGUCUUAUAUUAGCACUUAUUUAUCCUUUAAUGUACACAGUGAAACGUUUGGGCCUGAAAUACACAAGGGCAUAUAUUGCAGUAUUACAAUAUAUAUAUGUGCUAUUUAUCCUUUUUAAUGUAUGUACAGACUACAAUUUAUUUUUGUCAAUGUGCCCUGUUUAGUUCUUAAUUAUAAAAUAUAUGUAUUUUUUUUCAGGCAAUAAAUGGUCUCUGUCAUUUAAUUUUUUUUAAACUCAAAACUUGUCUUUUAUUCUUCUGGGUUAUCUUUAGUUACAGAGUUAACAUUGUCUGACUGUACAGGCCUAUGUAUGUGUACUUGGAGGUAAGCCCCACUGAGUUCAAUGGGAUGACAGGUAAGUAUCCUACUGGGAGGAAGGGCGGAAUAUAAAUCUAAAAUAAAUAAAUAAAAUAAAGUAUAUAUAGGAUUGCAGCCUGAAACCUUUUAAAAGUGGGCACACAACGUAGUUGCUAAUAUUGUAUUGUGUUCCUUACUAAUACAUUUGCAUUGUGCCGUGGGCUGUAUUUUUGCUUUUCUGAGAUGAAAAAUAACAAUAUUUCCCAAUCCUACAUGUAUAGAAGCUGAUUCAGAUGCACAUGGUUUUAGUUUCUAACUGUUGGGUUAGGAGCACAGGGAUAUUACUCACAAGCUAUUAAUAAUCUGAUGAAACACCGGAAUACCUCUUGUAGUAAAUAAAAAUGGCCAGUAUUGUUCUGUCUCUUCGUUGCAAUCUUAGUUGGUUUCAGAAAUAAAAUGAAACUGUUCUGUCAUGCUGCUGUACAUACCACAAUGAAUAGCAAAACCAAAACCAAAAUCUAUAUAAAUUCAGUGCUCUUGUGUUUGUGAAUAAGUCCCAGAAAAUGUUUUUUUUAUAAUUUAUAUUGUAGAUUAUAACAUGCUUAGAAUACAAAAGCAAGAAGACUAAUUAUGCUGCAAAACUUUGCAUUAUUGGAGUAAGGUAGGGAAACCAUUGUGUGGAGUUGCACAGUUCAGAUUUUGGACAGGCAUGCUGUCUUGUGUGCAUCUGUUGCAGCAAAGUGUUCGUUCUGAUUUGCCAAAGCACUUAGGGAAAUAAUGCAUGCAACUGGUCCUUGAAGUGCUUUCUUCUGCAACUCAGCAAAGGAAAAUGAAAUGCAAGGCAAUUUGAAUCCUCUAAAAAAACAAAAAGCUACUCCUAAGGUAAAUCAGAAGCAGCAGCCAUUCCAACCAUGUGGAAAUACCAAAUGCAAGCUGCUUGGCUAGAAUGAAUCGUGAUAAGUGCUUUUGGGAUGGCUAACCUUUUUUGGUCUGAGGAAUACAUUCACCCUUUGCCCAACCCUCCAGGGGCCACAUGCCAAUGUUAAAUGGAGCUACAACAUACUGUCACAUGCACACUCAAAGGCUGGCACACAUCCUUCAGCUGAUCUGUACAGAUUAACUGGAUCUGGGAUUAUCAGUCCCUCUCUGCUCAUCAAAUGAUUAAUCAGAUGAUAAGGGAUGCAAAUUGCCCUCUGCCCAAUCGCAGUGCUGGGCUUACUUCAUUAUUAUUUGUCCUUGCUGCCAAAAUUGGUGGGGUUUGGGGGGGUGUGGCAGAUUAGGCUCCUGAAGUGGGGGUUAGCCAUCCCUGCUUUGUUGAAAGACAAUAAAGAAUUGGCAAUUGUUUUAGGAAACUUGAUCACAUUUCAAAUCAGCUUUCAUGCUUGGCAAUGUGAUAUGAUAUGUAUGGUGGUUUUGAGACUAGGGCUCUUUAGCAGAGUUGAGGCAAUGUUUCUCUGCAAGCACCUAUAAGUGGAACUAGAACAUGGUUCCAUUCAGUACUUUGUAGAGCUAUAUCACCUAGCAAUGCCUAUCCCCACACCCAAGAGCCUUCUAUAAUGUUUACUGAGUAAAUUAAAGAUCCUCUGUACUUCUAAUGAAAACCUUCCUCCUGGCAGCUUCUGCCCCUAAUAGUUUCUUGUGCAGUGCAGCCACUGUAUUGCCCCUUACUUGCACUUACCAAUUUUUGUGAGUGCUUUAAUUAGGGUAGUCUUCAAUGCAAGUCCUACUUGGAGUAGACCUAUUGAAGUUAACAGAUAUUAAGACCUGCACUAGCAGCUGGAACGUCCAGGAGGCUGGGGAAGAGGACUUACUAUCAUCACCCCAGCAUUUUCCUUUUUGUUGCCUUUGGUCUCCUCUGGAGGAGAGGAGGGAACCUAAUCUGGUGAGAGGACCCCUCCCCUCUGAACUGUAUUUAAGGCAGGCUGCUGAGGUUCCUUGGAGUGCAGUGAGACAAGAACCUGGAGCUUUAUUGUCUCUUACCUUUGUACUUACAUAUUUAAAUCUAGAUUAUUUCUCUUGUAAUAAUGAUUUUAUUUAUAUUUGCUAAAUUGUUGGCUUUUCUAUUUGAAUUUAUUAUGUUUUGUAAACUGACUUCUCUCCCC